GUCCGUUCUUUGUAGCGGUGACAACCCCCUUCUCGCGUGCCAAGUCGGGCCGGAGUCCGCAGACUCCGCCCGGUGCGCCAUGGGCCAAAGUCUGGACGUCCUGUCCACCUGCGACGGCGCUGCUGCCACCGAGGGGCCAAAAGCCACCAGACCCCGCGGCGCCAACCCCCCCGCAGGCAAUGCCAGUGCCACCUGGGACGAGGACGUGGUGGCGGUGUGUAGUGCUCUGGAGGAAGGGGUCACCACCGUGGUGGCUUCCGCAAACCGCGGCGGAGCUCGCAUCAGCGACGAGGUCUUGUUGAACCACGAGCUCCUGCAGUAUGCGCGUCAGGGCAACCUGCGGGGCGUGAGCGAGGCCCUGGACAAGGGGGCCUGGACAGAGACCCGGCGCCCGCUGGUGAUGAAGCCUCAGAAGCCGGAGAAUGCGCGGAAGAGUGGCCUGGACGACACCGUGAACCUGGGCAUGACUCCCAUCAUGUUCGCGUCCCAAAAGGGCUCCCUGGACUGCGUGAAGCGUCUCAUCCAAGCGCGGGCGGAGGUCAACGCCGUGGAGGAGGAUGGGUGGAGCGCCCUGCACUUCGCCUCGAAAGAGGGCCAGCUACAGGUGUGCAAGAGCCUCCUGAACGCAAGGGCCGAUGCAGAGUUGAAGAAUAUCGAUGACCACACCCCGUUCGACGUGGCGGAGGAUGCUCACUUUAACCUGAGCCUCCGCAGCCUGCUCCAGGCGUAGCGUUGGCUUUGGCUCUGAGGCAAAAAGUGGGAAAGGGGAGUCCUUUCGAAAGUCCA